AUGGGAGAUCCAUAUAAACUUAAAUUAUUUCCAGGAUUUACAUCACGUUCAAUUCAUAGUAGAGAUUCAAUACCAAGUAAUGGUAAUUUUCAAUUACCUCCACAACAACAGAUUGUAUAUGUCAAUGGUGUUCCAGUUCAAGUUAAUGGUGGAGAAUAUACGGGAGCUCAUUCAAUUCCAGCAACUUACCCACCUGCAGGUGUUAUGCAAGUGCCAACUGUUCAGCAUCAAGCACAAAUUGUAAAAUCAUUACCAGGUUCACAAGUUAUCUUUGAUCCAUCUACUGGACAAUAUAGAAUUGUAUCAUCAGCACCAUCGGCUAUACCACAUUAUGUUGACACACCAAUUAAUUAUCAACCUCCACAAUAUGGUUAUAAUUUUAAUAAUGAAUUCUUUGGAGAUGCCAUACCACCACCCUCGCCAAAUCUUUGGGAUAAACCACAACAACAAUCAUCACCAUUAAAAAGAAGUCAAUCUUUUCCACCUCCACAAUAUCAACAACAAAUAAAUCAACAACAAAUAAAUCAACAACAAAUAAAUCAACAACAAAUAAAUCAACAACAACAAAUAAACCAACAACAAAGAGAACAACAGCAAAGGGAACAACAACAAAGGGAACAACAACAAAGGGAACAACAACUACAUAGACAACAACAAAGAGAACAACAACAAAGAGAACAACAACAAAGAGAACAACAACAAAGAGAACAACAACAAAGAGAACAACUACAUAGACAACAGCAAAGAGAACAACAACAAAGAGAACAACAACAAAGAGAACAACAGCAAAGAGAACAACAACAAAGAGAACAACAACAAAGAGAUCAACUACAUAGACAACAGCAAAGAGAACAACAACAAAGAGAACAACAGCAAAGAGAACAGCAACAAAGAGAACAACAACAAAGAGAACAGCAACAAAGAGAACAACAACAAAGACAACAACAAAUGGAGCAACAACAAAGACAACAACAAAUGGAGCAACAGCAAAGACAACAACAAAUGGAACAACAACAAAGACAACAACAAAUGGAGCAACAACAAAGACAGCAACAAAUGGAACAACAACAACAACAACAACAAAGAAUACAACAACAAAGAGAAUUAAGAAAAUCAUUAGAACCAUUAGAACAAAAUCAAAUGGUACAACCAAAAAAAGUUGUUCAACAACUAAUUCCUAAAGAAAAGGUUAGUUUCCCAAGAAAAUCAUUAGAACCAUUGGAACAAUCUCAACCUCAAAUAAAAAAAGAAAUUAAAACAGCAAAUGAAUAUUCAAUGAAUAGAGGAGGAGGAGUAGCUACAUCAACAACAACAAUGUUAAAAUCAAAUGAAAAUUCUGAUUUAAGAAGUAGAAAAAGAAAUAAUAGUUUAAAUGAAUUAUUAUCAACAGAAGAAAGUUAUUCAGAUUCAUUGGAGAAAUUAAUAUUAUAUUAUAAAUUACCAUUACAAGAAUUAGUAAAAAAUUCAGAACAAAAACAUCAUCAUCAUAGUAGUAUUGGUAUUGGUAGUAGUAGUAAAGAUAAAGAUAAAGAUAAAGAAGAUAGUAUUAUAACACAAUCAGAUAUUAAUUCAUUAUUUGGUAAUAUUGAAGCAUUAUUAGUAAUUAGUAAAGAUUUAUUAAUAAAAUUAAAAUAUGAAUUUAGUUUACCAGAAGAUCAACAACGUAUUGGUGAUUUAUAUAUUGAAAAAACCAAAGAGAUGAAAUUAUAUGUUGCCUAUAUAAACAACUAUGAAAAUGCAAUGACAACAUUAAAAAAGAUUGAUACAUUACAACCAAAGUUUUUCAAAGAAUGUCAAAGUAGAUAUAAAUAUUCAUUGGAUAUCGGAUCAUUGUUAAUUAUGCCAGUUCAACGUAUUCCACGUUACGAAUUACUCUUUAGAGAGAUACUAAAGUAUACUGAUAAAACCAAUGAUGGUGGUAUUGAUAAUUAUAAUAAAUUGGAAGAAGCUCAAAAAUCAAUUCACACAAUCAAUGAAUACAUUAAUAAUAAUAAACGUCUUAGAGAGAAUAAAGAUAGAGUUGUAACCAUAUCCAAUGAAUUAAAAGGAUGUCCGCAUUCUCUAUUGAAAUCAUCAAGAAGAUGGAUUAAAGAGGGUAUUCUAAUCACAACUUGUACUAAUAAGAAAUAUAAUGGUCAAUUCAAAGUUUACCUAUUCAAUGAUUUAAUUGUAUUGGGUAAACAACAUUCUGGUUUUAGAUCAAAGAAAAUGGAAUAUUUUGCUGAAAUCAAUUUAGAAAAUAGUGAAUUUAAAGAAAUUCCUGGUAGUCCAACUAAAUUUAGAUUCAUUUCAGAUCCUGAAGGUAAAAAUCCUUUAAUCUUUACUUUUGAAUGUGAAAGUCAAAAAGUUAAAGAUACUUGGAUUUCAAAUUUAAAUUUAUUAGAAGAAGAAAGAAAAAUAAGUAUAAUAAAUAAAUAA